ACUGUGUGAACCAGUACUUACCGUGAGUUGUAUUCAGCGAAGAGGAGGAAGAAGGAGGGCGCUACGGAUACCUAAGACUCUGGCCGGGCCCCGAGUCCCACGCCCCGGAUCCCCGUGGCCCCCUUGCUCCCUGACCUCUUCCCGGCCAUAGCCCAUCUGGAGGGCCGAGUCAGAGUUUAGUUUUAAUUGCCCUUUCCCUAUUCCCCAAGCUAUUUUUAAAUAUUUAAAUAAAGAUUGUUUUAUCACUUACUUGUUCUCGUGUUGUUUGGCCAUUGGGUUGGCUUUGGGGACCUCCUCGAGGUGGAAGUUGAGAAGGGGUGUGGCUUAGUCAAAGCAUAGCCGCCCCUGGGUGUGACAGAUUUGGCGUAGUUGGCAGGGUUUCCACCUCGAGUUGAGUAACCAAGGUCGUCCAAUGACCGACGACGCGGGGCCUUCAGCCCAACCCCGUGCUAUGCCCGUUUUUAUGGGGAGCCCCUGGAUCCAAAAGUAUGGGGGGACAGAAUCCGAGGUACGAUUGUCUGAAUGGAAGGCCCAACUAGAGUACCUGGCCGACCUACAGGGCCUUAGUGCAGCCCAGCGGCUUCAAUUUGUGUUAAACUCCCUGGAUGGAGAAGCGCGGCGAGAGGUGCAUGCCGCCCCCGAAGCCGUUAGAGCCAACGCCCAAACAGUGUUCCAGUUCCUCACUGAACAGUAUGGUGACCACACCCCCGUAGCUGUCCUUCGCUCCCAGUUCUUCAAUUGUAAGCAGGGCCCCCGUCAACCGAUUAGAGCUUUCGCCCUGAGGUUGCGAGAGCAAUUCGCCCGACUACAGACCCGUCAGGACCACGGGUUGGGAGAUGGAGAGACUCUAUUGCGGGACCAGUUUCUUCUGGGGCUGAAGGAGGGUCCGGUGAGACAGAGCCUACGUAUCCAGUUUCGAAGGGACCCGGGUCUUACGUUCGAAGAUCUGAAGAAAGAGGCACUGGCCCUGGAAGGUGAUGAGACUGAGGUGAGUGGUCCCCCAGUGUGUGCGGCCGUCAGUGAAGUAGCACCAGCACAACCCGGAGGCCCUGACUGGAAGCAAGCACUGAAGGCUGAACUUUUGAAAGAUGUCCGCGAUCAGAUGUCUGAACUGUCUAAAGCCCUCGUAGGAGAAUUGCGCCAAGGACGGGCGCGGGAGGAACCACGGCCGGCGCCCCGAGACCGAGUGUACUCAGAGGGAGGCCGAGAGUCGUUCAGGCGCCCGAACCACUUUAAUCGGCCCCGUUUUGAAUGGGACGAGCAAGGGCGACCCAUCUGCAACCGCUGUGGCAAACCAGGUCACUAUAGCCGCCAGUGUGGGCCCCGCAGGGCGUCAGAAGGGGGUUUUUAG